GCUGCAUCCACGAUCUCCAAAGCUGAACCUGUUGUCCUGCAAGGGUCCAGCGUUACAAAGUGGAGAGCACAACAAUGGUCAUUAGAUUACAUAGCCAGGAAAGCGAAAGGACCCGUUCACAACAUCUACGAGAAUAACAACCGUUGGUUUGGGCCAUACUUUGAUGGGAGAAAGCCACUGCUUCCCUAUGCUCGCCAUCCUAAUCCCUACCGGACCAACUUGACUCUGCCGGUGCGGACAUUGAUGUCUCGACUGGGCAACACACAGCAGAAAACAUCCACGGCAGCGUCUUGGGUGUACUUUAGCGGUCCACUGGAGGAACUGGGAGCUUGGACGGCUGAAGAAGUAGAACCGUUGGAUGAGUUGCUGUCACCCAAUCCGGCCGUGUCUUCCGUCAACGUCUGGAUGGGUCCGCCGAACGUGAUAGCGCACUGCCACUACGACGGCUACCACAACUUCUAUGCACAGCUCAGCGGGCGCAAGCGCUUUUGGCUGGCGCGUCCACGCGCCUGGCCACAGCUGCUUACAUCACCAUUCUUGCAUCCAAUGCAUGCACAGUGCCAGGUGAAUCUCAGCACACCACUGACACCUACAUGUGCCGGCGGCGGCAGUGCUAGCAAGGAAGGUGCCGGUGCGGAUGCCGAUAUCGGUGACGACGACGACGACGUGGAGAUUCUCGAGGUGGUGCUGGAUCCUGGCGACCUGCUGUACAUCCCCCCGCUCUGGUUCCACCAUGUGGAGUCCAUCGACACGAGUAUUUCAGUCAAUGUCUGGACUGACUCCAUGCAAUCAACAACGGCAUUGACUAUGUUCGAAACACCAAUCCCUGGCUCAGAUCUCAUCUCGUCCUGGGAUGCUCAGCAGCGUGCUCUUGCUGCAACUAUGGCUGCUCACUCCAUGCUCGAAGUUGUUUGCAGCACUGGCAGUUGCUCCACAGCAGGCGAUAAGCCACCACUGUACAGGAAGCUUGCUGCACGCCACUUUCUCAUGACUGUAUUCAGUGCGCGCUACCAGCCAAUGCUGACGAGUGGAUUGCUGCUACCUCCGGAGCACGAAUGGAGUAGUCCGCUGUGCGAUGGUGGUGCCAAUGUCACUGAGCUUGCUCGCGAGGCGAUUGGCGCGAGCUAUGCUGAGUUUAGUGAGGAGGUUAGCACGUUCUCCAGGUCGGUGUUGAGCACCGUGAGCAAGCUGCCUUCAGAGACGGUCACCGUGUGGCUGGGCAACUAUGUGGAGUUUCUUGGUGCACAGUAUGUGCAGCCGGAGCACAUUGCACACUGGCUGCGAGAUGCCAGUGAGUGCCUGUAAGGCUAAUGAGUAAUGACCCGCGGCGCCUUAGCUGCUACCAUCAGAGAAUAGGUAAACGUAGUAAAUUGCUGGAAAUUAACAAAUUUUAGCUGGCAAAAAACAGCUCCUAGUACCAGCCAACUUCGGUCAUUUGAGCCUUUCUGAGAAGAAAUUGGUUGAUUGUGUUUGUUGUUACGUGCAGUCAUGGCCCAAGCAUGCUGUAUUUGGUACUAUUUGGAUUUUGUGACAACUUUUGGUUUGCAUUUUUCUUUGGGUCAGCUGGCACCAAUUAGCGGAAUUCAAUAGACGCCAAAAUCACAGAGGCAAUAUGCUUUGGUUCUGCAAGAGUGCUCAAUGCCUGAUUCAGGCAGAGCGGCGUACACAAAGGCACACAAUAGACGCCAAAAUCAUAAGUUCUUGAUCUACAGUACAACUUCCAGGUUACCAUGCUAUGCAGAUGAUGAUGCCAUGCCGGGAUAUUAUUUACUGACUAGAGGCUGGAAGGAAGUGCAUGUUCACCCAACUACCGGUACAUGUACAGGUUUCUGGCACAGCACACCGGGACUUGGUGGUUUCGUUUACACAAUGCGUCCGAUAUGGUGUUUGGGACUGUUUGCAUCACCAGCGAGCUAGGUGUGUAUGUAUCAGCACAUGUCGCUACUCAUUCUGACUGCAUGUCAGGAUGUCCAGUGGUGUCACGGUGUGUUUGUCUAGCCUAUCUGAUGUUGACUUUCCAAGCUCGACCCUCAGUAGUGACUUUAGCGCUGUUUCUAUAGUACUGUAUGGGUGUGUGGUAAUGGACGUUUCGUACUGCCAAUACUAGUGCACUGAGUUUGAUUCUUGAUUGCUUUCUGAGUUGGCUUGAUUGUAUGCAACUUACUUACUUCCUUACUUUACAUUUACUAACUUGAUUUGACUGGAAUUUGGCACUAACAAUGGACUUCCAACACAAAACUGCUAUGCCAAGUGCCAAGCCUCGGA